GCCGCCAUGGGCGCCGGGCUGCGCGGCGCCCUCUGCGCCUGCCUCCUGCUGGGCGCCUUUGGAAUAGUGCCCAAGCCCCGAAAUGCAGGAGUCGUCUCCGUUAACCUGCACAGCGUUUUGCGGUGGGAUCCCCCCGUGUUUCCCCAAGGAAACGUAACGUACACGGUGCAAUUCAAGAGCAUCCUUCUUCCUAAAGCCACAUUUGAAAACAUGAGCACAAACCUGGGAGUCCCAGAGUGUGAUGUCUCUUCUCUGUCUCUGUAUGGGGACUAUAUUUUACGCGUCAGAGCGGAGUCGGAAAAUGAGCAGUCAGACUGGGUGACGGUCAGAUUUAAGCCGAUGGUUGACACAGUCAUUGGACCACCUGACGUAAAGGUGAAGUCAAAAUCCGGGUCUUUGCAAAUGGAUUUCRUAGGCCCUAUUGCUGAAAAUGAACCUAACAAGUGGUCUUUACGGCAAUAUUAUGGCUCGUGGAAUUACCGAAUACUAUACUGGAAGAAAGGCAGCAAAAAGGAGGUAAUUCACCUAGAUACUAAGCAUAACUCUGAAAUGUUAUCUCACCUGGAGCCAUGGACGGAAUAUUGCAUCCAAGUGCAAGCAGUUAUUCCCGARUGGAACAAGACUGGGGAGCUGAGCCAAGAGCUUUGUGACCAGACAACCCACAACGGUGUAACCCCUACGUGGGUAAUUGUCACUGUUCUUUUGGGAUCCAUGUUGGCUGCUGUAAUAUUUGUUCCUGUUUGCUUCUUUUUCUUUUUGUUUCUGUAUCGACUGACCAAACAUGUGUUCUGCCCGUCAUAUUAUUUCCCACAGCACUUGAAAGAGUUUCUGAGCAAGCCUGCCAACGGUUCCCAGUUGUUUUCUGCAGUGCCCCAAGAAGAGCAUCUUCUCUGUGACACAUUGACAGUUGUUUCUGAAGAAUCCAAAAGCCAAAGCGAGCGGGUUGCGGAUGAGGCCAGCGAUACAACGGGGCAGCAGGAGGACUCUGAGCAAGAACCACCUGAUUUAAAAGUAGUCCCAGCUUCGGAAGGGGACUAAAUGCCCCCCUCGUGCCUCGUUCAGACCAAAGGAAAAGCAAAUACGUUUAUCUCCUACCUCCUGCAURCCUAACAGUAAAAAUUCACACAGAGGAAGGUUUUGUAGCUAAGACUUUUCAUAGAAUCGUACUUUUUUCUUAACUACAAGAAAGGUCUGUUUCUUUUUUCUAAACGAGGAAUUAAAUGAURGGUAAUUUUCUGCUGCUGCCAUUCGUAGUGGCACAGUCUUAAGUUAUAGCAAUACCUACCACUCCAUUUACUUUUUAAAUAUCAUAAUAUAUGACUAGUUAAUUUAAUUUUGAUGCACUAUUUAUUGCGAAAGCUAAUCAAAAUGCUCUACUGUAUAAGAUUUGUAAAUGAAGAUCAUAUUUUGCAAGAAAAUAGCUUAUAUUUUUUUAAUGUGAAAUUGCA